AUGAAUUCUGAGGUAAGUCAAAAUAUGCAUAUUUUACAUAUUUUUUUGUAAAGCAAUACGAAUCCAAUUGAACAAUGAUAUAUCCGUUUACAUAGGGAAGUCGUUGUGAUUGUAAGAGUUUUGCAGCACUAAAAGAAAGCCAAAUGGAACCCGAGGUUGUCCGUGUAAAGGUGGAAAUGUAGUGUGUUCGGCAGAAUGUCAUUGUGGCACGCGUGCAAAACCUUGCCAAAAUAAGAUAAAGCAAUCUAAACUUUUAUAUGUUCACAACUUUGUUUAUAUUUCAGGAAUUAAAAUAAAUAAUUUGUCUGACUUUGGUAUAGGGAAGAGCCGCUAUUCCUGAAAGACAAUUAAAACGCAAAACAGCAGGAAAUCCAAGACAAGGUUUUCGCCUUACUCACGCCACUACAGAGUCGGAGGACAUGCAAAGGGAAAAAGAACACGAAAAUGUGAAGGUAUGUACUUCACUUUAAAAUAAUAUUUUAAUAUUAUAAAAGAACAAUUGAUGAUUUCAUAUUACACAUAUCUAGUAGCAUGACAUAUACAGUAUACAAUGUCUUGUCAGGGUUUUGCAUUGAUAACUAUUAAAUCUUGUUCUACUGACAGCACUGUAUUUAUUUUAGAAAUUGAUAUCUACACUAGACGCCAAUACGGUGAAAAAGCUAGCUAUUCGUAGUUUACGCAGAGGUAUUGGUAGUAUUGACUACAUCGACACACUAAUGAUAAUGGAGGAUGACCUUGAUGAAGAUGAACAGGAUGCAGAAAGGUUAGCUGCAUUUGGUGAAUCAUCCAAUGAUAAUCCAUUAAACUCUGGUACAGACCCUUCUCAGAGUCCUUCCCACCCUCAAGACCCAAAUCCAACACCAGAACCCACACUUGAAUCAGUGCCAGAUUGGUGCACAUGUGGCAAAUGCAGACCAAUGCCACAAGAGGUUGAGAAUAAAUGUUGUAUGCAAAAGAAAUGCAUAACCUCAACUUCCCGUUUUGCAAAAUUAUGCCUUGAUCCAGAUGUGCUGGAGCUUUGUAUCCGCAAUAGGAGUGACAUCCGUAAUGAUAGAGAGGACAACAGCACAAGAGCAUUUCACAAAGCUGGUUAUAGACAGUUUAUUUUAGCACGCCAUGGCUUUCUAGGCAAAGGGAAUAGACGAAUUUGUCCAUCCUGUGUGGUUUUAAAAAUUAGAGAACAGUACCCAUCAGUUACUGGUGUUUACAUGGGAUAUAGAGACCAUUAA